AUGCCUGGCGCAAAGACGACCCUGCUCAUCGAGGGCUCCUUCGACGAGCUUACCGACGAGUUCGCACAAUACAUCGACAGCCUCAAAAAAUCCCAGGGCGAUGACAGCGCCGCCCUCCAGGCCGAGACGGCCGAGCUGCUCAAGGACAAUAAAAAGGAUGAAGUGCUCAAGAAGCUUGUUGUUGCCAGCCAGGCCCUCAACCAGGCGCCAGAGAAGGAGUUCAUUGCCGCCUACAAUCUGCUCAUCCACCUCGUAAACCAUUCGCCCAAUGUCUCCAUGUUUCUGCCCAAGAUGUGCCAGAACCUCAGCGCCCCCAUCUCGUCGUCGCCCUACAACGGCGGCGGCCUCGCCCUGUCCAUCCUGAGCACUAUCUUCAACACAACACAGCCUACCAGCGAGGCCCGUUACCAGGUCCUGCUCGCUAUCCUCCGUGUCAUCCGCGCCACCUCCAACUUUGAGACGCUACGUCCUCAGCUCAAGCAACUCGAUACCUGGCUCCUCGAGUGGAAGACGCCCGACGACGACGCCCGUAAGCUCUAUCUAGCCGUCAGCGAUGUCGCCGCCGACGCGGGUGAGACGGAGCAGGCAUACACAUAUCUGCUACGCGCACUACGCACUUUUUCAUCAGACCAGGCCUCGUCGCCCGACGCCCGUGACCUCUCACUCCGCGCGCUCAAGUCGGCACUCACCCACCCCCAUCACUUUGACUUCCAGGACCUCACCGACCUCGACUCAAUCCAGGCCCUGCGCAACUCGGACCCCGUCUACUUCCAGCUGCUUGAGAUCUUCAACUCAGACCUACUCGACGACUUCAACGACUUCAAGGACGAGCAUGACGGCUGGGUCGAAGAGUCUGGCCUUGACGGUACCGCCCUCAACCGCAAGAUGCGCCUACUCACUCUUGCCUCCAUGGCCGCCUCGGCCGGCCAGACACGGUCGCUCCCAUAUGAUAAGAUUGCAAAAGGCCUACAGGUGCCCCUGGAAGACGUGGAAAUGUGGGUCAUUGACGUGAUCCGCGCCGGCCUCGUCGAGGGCAAGCUCAGCCAGCUUAACCAGACGUUCCUUAUCCACCGCUCUACAUACCGAGUCUUUGGCGACAACCAGUGGCGGGAGGUAGCUUCAAGAUUAGACUUGUGGCGUAACAGUCUGCAGGGUGUCUUGCACGUUAUCCAGCAGGAGAAGCAGAGGUUCCUCCAGGAGAAGGAGGAUGAGGCCAACAAGGCUGACCAAAAGGCUGACAUGGCCUCGAGGUUUGGCGGCCGGGGCGGCCAGCGGAAGCAGCAGAGGGCUAUUGAUGAGGAUUUGGACUAA